UAAAUGCUGUCAAUUGAGAAUGAUGAAUACGUCUAAUGAAAAGUGAGAGAUAACAGGGUCCAAGGUUCAAUUCUUCUAAACCGUUUACAGUAGUCUAAAGACAGCCUGAGGCAGACGCCGCGUCAGUAAAAUGAUCAUUGCUUCUUGAGAUUCGGCCGAGAUGUACACCAAUGGGAUGGAUUUUUAUUUGGGAGGUGCACGCAACCCGCGGGCAGUGUCUGCGCCCACCCAGUACCAUGGCGCAGUCGGUGUGAGCCACGGGGCAAUCGUCGGCAGUAGUGCCAUGAUGGAUGUCAGCAACUCCAGCACUGGCAGCGCGAUCGACAUGAAGAUGGAGCCGUCUAGCCCCACGGAACGCGAGCUGCGCUACCCGUUCUCCCGGAGUAGCAGUGCGGGCUCCAUACACACAUUAUCGUCCUCCAACCACAAUUCUGACGAGGAAGACGACAGUGAUGGUGGAGGCACAGGCAGCAGCAGGGGGAGCAGCAUGGGGAACGCACUGAGCUACAAGGAGCGCCGCCGGGAGGCCCACACCCAGGCAGAGCAGAAGAGGCGGGACGCCAUCAAGAAGGGUUACGAUGCGCUGCAGUCGCUGGUUCCGACGUGCCAGCAGCCCGAGACGUCCGGCUACAAGUUGAGCAAGGCCACCGUCCUCCAGAAGUCCAUCGACUACAUAGAGUUCCUGCUGCAGCAGAAGAAGAAGCAAGAGGAGGAGCGGAACAGCCUGCGCAAGGAGGUGACGGCUCUGCGCAUCAUGCAGGCCAACUACGAGCAGAUCGUGAAGGCGCAGCAGAGCCAGCCAGGGCAGGCUGUGCAGCGCGUCUCGGACGAGACCAAGUUCCGCGUGUUUCAGGCUGUGAUGGAUCAACUCUUCCAGUCAUUCAGCAACAUCUCAGUGUCAAAUUUCACUGAACUGUCAGCUUGUGUCUUCAGCUGGUUGGAGGAACAUUGUAAGCCACAGACGCUGCACGAUGUGGUGCUGGGUGUCUUGCAGCAGCUCAACUCGCAGUUGGCUCUCCAGGGUGGUGGCGCCAGAGUCUGAGGUCUCCAAUACCGCUGCCAGCUCGAACCGUGUCACGUGCCUGUCCCGUCCAGGGGCGGCCUGGGAGGAGAGGAGCACCGUGCCCGUAACACUUCCUUGCUGUGGUGUCCGUAGGGUGUCCGCUUCCCUCCGGCUCGUCUGGCGGUCUCGCGUGGAGUAGCAGCCGUGGUGUGGAGUGCUCUCGUCAUGUUCCACACCUUGCUGUGGCCGGAAUCUCUUGUUGACAUCAGUCUCUGCCACUGGGGAAAAAAGUACUGGAAGGGGAGAGGGAGGGUAGCAGUGUUGUAGCAACUAGCAUCACCAGAGAGCUGGCACAGUGUCUACCGAUACAGUGGUGUCUCGUAGUUUAUGGUGCAGCACUGCUCCAGAGGAAGUAAUUUUUAUGCGGUUACUUUGCUCAUUCUGCGAUCAUUAGUAUCAAGUCUUGAGGCAUACACAGGUCCUCAAUCUUUGUACUCUCCGUUUCUCGCAAUAUAUCAGGUGAGAUAUAGUACUUGUACAGUCUGCUACAGUUAGCAGUGUUAACAAAAGGUAAACAAGUAGACACUAAAAUUACUCCCAGUCUUGUGCUGACUUAGACUCACUCCCUCUCGUGUCCCUCUCCCACACUUGUUCCUCUCCCCUCCCUCCCUCCCACCCCAUCCCUCCCUCCCACCCCAUUUCUCCCCUCCAAGGACAUUGCCAUUUUCUUCUCCCAGCCUUGUCCUGUGAGCUAAUGACCACAUAGUAAAUGAGAUGUGAAAAUCUAACUUCCUCCUUUUUUUGCAGUAUGAACUUAAUGAAUGAAACUUUCGCUCUGCAGUAGAGUGUGUGCUGAUACCAAACUUCCUGGCAGAUUAAAACCGUGUGCCGGACCGAGACUCGAACUCGGGACCUUUGCCUUUCGCACGCAAGUGCUCUACCGACUGAGCUGCCCAAGCACGACUUACGACCCAUCCUCACUGCUUUAAUUCUGCCAAUAUCUCUUCUCCUACCUUCCAAACUUCACAGAAGCUCUUCUGCUUGCAGGAGCUCAUUUGGUAGAGCACAUACCUGCGAAAGGCAAAGGUCCCGAGUUCGUCUCAGUCCGGGACGCAGUUUUAAUCUGCCGGGAAGUUUCAUAUCUGUACUGAAUGAGUUAGUGAAGUUGUAGGAAACCAUAUUCACAUUUGGAAUGAGAGUAGUUCAGAUCCUCAUCUGGCCAUCUGUAUUUAAAGUGUUUCCCAUGAUUUUUUCAAUUGCUUAAUUCAGUUGCUUCCCCAUCAUUCGUCACCCUGAGCUUGCAUUCUGUCCAGGAUGUCAAAUCAUAAACUUCCUUCUAUUGAAAUAUUUGGACACAGAAGAAGCCAUAUGCAGAAUCCAGGAUACAAAAGGUAGCACUGACAGACAAUUCUUUUCUGACAAAUAUGUAUUAGUCUCACAGCCCUUACAGUCCUUACACAUUACUGGCAGUUUGUGACAACGAAUCACACCAGGGUAAUUCAGUGUUUGCCACUGAAAACUGUGAACUGUUGACUUUUUUUCUCCAUGUCAGGGAGCAGUGCUGUAAGUCGCACACGGCCAUAUGUUUAUGAAGCAAAUGACGAGUGAAAGUUAUUUGUAAACAAUCUGACUGUAAUGUUGUGUAUACAAAUUUUGAACUGUAUUUGAUCAGUUUUCCUGAGAUUACGUAAUGAUCAAAGCCAUUUGGUCUCUGCAGUGAUUUUUGCCUCCCUGUCCUCUUUUCCCCUCUCGUGAGAUAUCACGACACUCCAUUGUUUAAAGAUAUGUAGGGACUAGUUGUGUCAAGUGUACAAUAAAAGAAAUUACCACUUUUACAGACUGAUAAUGUUACCCUUUCAGUAUGUGUGAAUUGCAACUGGACUUUGUACCUAUGAGAAUGCACCAGCAUUUGAAGAUUGGGAACCUGUGUCUUUGGUCAGUGGCAGUGUAAACCGAUCAGCAGCGAGUUGAGAACAGUUUCUUGAUGUUUCAGGGUAAUGUGUCCAUUUUUGCAUUUAAUGGUAACAUUGACCUCUGCAUAUAUGUUCAGUUGUGGUUGUAGCCCAUUGCAGAUUUUGAGCUAUUCUGUGUGUUCAUUAAGUUUGUUUACAAGUACUAAAUACUGUGAUUGGCUGGCACACUAAAAGUGUUUGUAUUAACUAGAGUGUCCACAUACAAGAUCUUAUAUUUUAAUACAGAUUGUAGUUACAAAGUUGUUGGCUGUGUCCUUGUUGAAAAUAUGAAGUUCCUUUUAACUUGGGAUUAAGCAAGCCAUUUUCAAAGGAAGUAGUGCAAAGUGUAAAUUGAAAAAAAGAAAAAAAAAAUUUGAACAAUCUUUAUUUUUGUGUGUGACAUUGUUAAAUUGUAUGAUUGAUGCAAUGAAGGGUUUUGUUGUUGUAUACCAAUCUAAAUUUUGAAAGAAACUGUUUUUUUAAUGCAGUGGUUAUAUUUUUCUCAAAUAUUUUUUUCAGUGGAUAAAUAUAUUAUUAGUUUAAAAAAACAACAGUUUUGUUAAAUAAAUCAUGUUUAGCUGAUUUUAGUGAUUUGAGGUUGUUAGUUAUGUUCCUUAGAUUUGCUUCAUUGUUAUUUGCUCUAAAAUUAGAAACAGAGUUUCGUGUGUGUGUGUGUGUGUGUGUGUGUGUGUGUGUGUGUGUGAGAGAGAGAGAGAGAGAGAGAGAGAGAGAGAGAGAGA